AUGGAGAAGAUCAAGGCAAUGGGAAUGAAUACGGUGUCGUUCUACAGUCACUGGGGCUACCACGCGCCGACAAACGAUACGCUUGAUUUCGAAACCGGGGCUCACGACAUCGGAAGGAUAUAUGAAAUUGCGAAAAACCUAGGCCUUUUCGUCCACGCCCGACCCGGUCCUUACAUCAACGCGGAGACCAGUGCUGGUGGGAUGCCGCUCUGGCUCACUACUGGAGAGUAUGGUGCCCUACGCGACAAUGCUACUGUUUUUACAGGUGCAUGGAGGCCGUACAUGUCCAAGGUCGAAGAGAUCACGGCACCUUUUCAGGUGACCAACAAUGGCACCGUGAUACUGUACCAGAUCGAAAACGAGUUUCCUAACCAAUGGAGCAAUGUGGAGGAGAAGAUUCCAAGACCCGUCCCAAUCGCGUAUAUGGAGACUCUUUUUGAGAACGCCCAGUCAAACGGCAUAGUUGUUCCCUUGACACACAAUAUGCCUAAUCGCCAAGCUAAGGCAUGGUCUAUUGACUAUGACACAGCUGGGGCUCGAGGGAAUGUCCAUAUCUAUGGUCUUGAUAAUUAUCCAACCUGCUGGUCUUGUAUUCCGAGUGACUGCAGUACAUCCAACCCGUCUUUUACCUUGAUGGAUUACACGGCCCACUUCAAUGAGGUAUCCCCAAAGCAGCCGUCCAUGAUGCCCGAGUUUCAAGGAGGUGCUCUGAACCCUUGGGAUGGACCGGCAGAAGGAUGCGAAGCAAAAACAGAUGAAUCUUUUGUCAACUUCUAUUACCGAGACAACGUCGCUCAGAGGGUCACUAUUCUCGGCCUCUAUAUGAUUCAUGGAGGUACCAACUGGGGUUGGAUAGGUGCACCAUUCGUACCUACAAGCUACGGAUAUAGCGCUGCCAUCGCCGAAAACCGGACAAUCGGCUCAAAAUACUAUGAGAUCAAGAGCCUUGCCUUGUUCACCAGAGCGGCAAAGGACUUGACCAAAACCGAUAUCGUGGGAAAUAGUACAUCGUACACCGACAACGAGGCGAUCACAACCAUCGAACUUAGAAACCCAGAUACGGACGCCGGGUUCUAUGCUAUCCGACACACGGAUCCCACAAGUAGCGAUGAACAAUCUUUGCGACUGUCAGUUCGGACAUCAGCAGGCAACUUUACAGUGCCAAUAGUGUCCGGGAAUGACAAGAUGUCUCUCAAUGGCCACGUAGCAAAGAUACUCGUGACUGAUUUCAACUAUGGCCGGAUGAACCUGGUUUACUCAACGGCUGAGGUACUGACUUAUGGCAUCUUUGAUUCCCAGCCGAUCUUGGUGCUCUGGGUAUUCAAUGGUGAAGGCGGAGAGUUCUUCAUCGAGGGCGCAACAUCAGGUAAAGUAGUGGGUGGGGAUGCUUCAAAGGUCCAGUUCGUCAAGCCAGAGAAGGGCUUGAUUGCCAAUUUCAAGGACCAAACAGGUAUGACUGUGGUCACUACGAACGAGGGUGCUCGUGUGCUCCUGAUGGACCGCGACACAGCGCAUCUUUUCUGGGUCCCGGCGCUCACGACUGACCCGACUGUGCCAGUUGAUCAAGUUGCUUUUGUCCAGGGCCCUCACCUAGUGAGAGGAGCACAGCUCGAAGGGAGUGUCAUCUCAAUACGGGGCGACUCAAAUGAGACCAAAAGAAUUGAAGUCUUCGCAGCCAAGCAAGCGAAAACGAUAAGAUGGAACGGAAAGAGGCUGAAAACUCAAAGGACUAAUUGGGGCAGCCUUACGGCGGAGAUUGGCGGCCCUGAGGUGUUUGAGACCCCAAAGCUAGGAACUUGGCGAGUGCAGGACAGCCUAAUCGAGCGCCACACCAACUACUCUGAUUCAGGCCUGGCUUGGGUGGACGCAGACGACAUGGAGACUUCAAGCCAAUAUGACGACGCCACAAAACCAUAUCUGUACAGCAAUCAAUAUGGCUUCCACAACGGCGUGCACCUAUGGAGGGGCUAUUUUAACGGAACUGCUGAUGUGGUGUAUCUUGAGGUUCAAGGCGGCAUUGCUCAUGGCUGGACAGCCUGGUUGAACGGUAAAUUCAUCGGCUCCUUUUUAGGAGAUCUCAGCUCGUCAACCGGUGCCAAGGAGUUUUCAUUUCCAAAUGAAACCGUGAGUGACAAACAAAAUGUUCUUCUCGUUAUGCAGGACAUUACUGGUCAUGACCAGGGGUCUGGCUCUUUGAAUAUACGCGGUAUUGUCAAUGCCACUUUGCUGAACAGCGAAUCUGGGUUUAGCUCGUGGAAGGUUGCCGGAACAGCGGGAGGCGCAACUGGAAGCUUCCUUGACCCAGUCCGGACGCACUAUAACGAAGGUGGACUGAGGGCUGAGCGCCUAGGGUGGCAUCUCCCAGGCUUCGAUGAUUCACGCUGGCCCAAGAAGUCCCCUGGCGAUGGGUUCACAGGAGCAGGAGUCAGGUUCUACCGCACGCAUCUUCCAUUGGACACCCCAGCUGGCCAUGACGUCGCGCUGAGCGUGAAGCUCAACUUCGACAGCGACGAAACCUCAAACAGUUUUCGGGGGUAUAUUUAUAUCAACGGUUACCAGUACGGCAGGUACUACCCAUACCUGAACGACGCCAUGAAUACUUUCCCUGCGCCUCCCGGUGUCUGGAACUAUAAUGGCGAUAACGUUAUCGGCCUUGCGAUCUGGAACCAGGAGGAAAAGGAGGUCAAGUGUGACCUGGAAGUCAAGGUUGAGUAUGUGCUCGCAUCGUCGCUCGACGUCAAAUUUGACGGGACGUACUUGCGCCCAGGAUGGGAUGAGAAGCGGCUUCUGUAUACUUAG